GAUCCUUCCUCUCUUUGUCCCUUUGGACAUCAAAGGAUCGCAAGGGGACAGCCCUGGCGAGAAGCUCCUCCCUGCUCAUUAGCCUCCAUAAAACAGGAACUCACCUUGGCUAGCUGCGCUUGGAGUCCCAUCCUCAUUCCGGUCACUCUUGACACUGGAUCUCAGAAGGAAGGGCUUUUACUUGCUUCAGGAAAUCAGAUGUGCUUUUGAACUGGACUAUUUUGGCUCCCCUUGUAAGAACUCUGGUGGCUCUUUUGGCCGUGCAACCUCCUAGACUCCACAGUACAUGGAAAAAUGCAAGCUUUACCAGACGUGAAAGCGCCGUGUGAGGCACUUCCUUCCCCCAGCCUGGAGCCCUACCCGCAGAGUUCCAUUGUGGUCACCCUCGAGGACAUGGGCCUCUGGAUGAAGUUUCAUCAGAUAGGAACUGAGAUGAUCAUCACCAAAUCCGGCAGGAGAAUGUUUCCACAAUGCAAAAUCAAAGUCUCCGGCUUAAUCCCAUAUGCCAAGUAUCUCAUGCUGGUAGAUUUCGUGCCAAUGGACAACUUCAGGUACAAGUGGAAUAAAGAUCAGUGGGAAGUUGCUGGAAAAGCAGAGCCCCAGCUCCCUUGUCGCACCUACGUCCACCCAGAUUCCCCAGCUCCUGGCAGCCACUGGAUGAAAGAGCCUGUCUCCUUCCAGAAACUGAAGCUCACCAACAACGUCUUGGAUCAACACGGGCAUAUCAUCCUCCACUCCAUGCACCGUUACAAGCCUCGCUUCCACAUCGUGCAGGCAGAUGACCUCUUCAGUGUCCGCUGGAGCAUCUUCCAGGUCUUCAGCUUCCCUGAGACUGUCUUCACUUCUGUUACUGCCUACCAGAAUGAGCAGAUUACAAAGCUCAAGAUUGACAACAAUCCAUUUGCUAAAGGUUUCCGCGAGCACGGGAAGAACACUCGAAGGGAAGGACGAGCCAAAUGCCAGAAGCCUAGUCCAGCCAAGGGCCAGAAGAGAAAGUUGCCUGAGGAAAAGGAGUCCGGUGCUGAGGAACGUGAUUUUGAGAAAGAUGAGAAUGCAGAUGUGAAGGAAGAGAGUAACCCCAUCGUGGUCAGCAGCGGAUACCCCUUGCCAGCAGAGCAGAGGGAGGGUCUGGCCAGAGAGCAGCAAGUGCCUACGCCGUCCUACCAGACGUAUCGGUUCCAUGAAGCCGGGGACAGCCAGCAGCUUCCCACCCGUGAUGCCGCGACCUUGAACGAUUUUCGGGCAAGGUGCCACCCCUUGGAUCUCGCCACAGUGCCCGAGCACGACUCCAAACAGCUCCCAGAGGGCUUUGCCAACUUGCCUCCGCUCCCCCCGCCUCUGCCUCCUCCUCAGGACUACACAGGAGUGGUGAACAUGGCUCUAGACUCUGUCGGGAAACCUGGGGCCCGAGCGCCCAUGUACAGUCCCUAUGGCACCGAGCAAGGCCUCGGCCAGUGGAUGGUGCCUUCCCACAGCCAGUACAGGGCAAUGAGCUACUCUGCCUUCUCCACAGAGUACAAUACACAGGGGGCUCCAGGACAUGCCCACGGGACCAUGGCAGAGUGGAGCCAGUACCCUCUGUUCCCAUAUGCCUGCUGGUGAACAGGGGAAGACCUUUCCCAAUGAAAAGACUGAAAGAAAAUUGUAAAUGAGAUAAUAUUUGCUCUGGAGUGUUGAUCCUGAAGCCUUGUCUACACUAGGCAAAGAGACAUUGCUGCAAGCGGUAGCAUGGGACACCUUCACUUCCUUGUCUGCUUGCACAUCCCCCCUCACUGUACUUCACAAGCAAUGGCUAAACUGCUGGCUGUCCCAGCCGUGUCAGUGUGACUCUGGCUGAAUCAAUGUGUUCUGCAGUGGGUUUUUUUUCCCAGCAGCAGUAGGUAACCACAGGAGCUGCAAGAGCAGUAUUUGAAGAGCUGCCGAACUCUCAGUCCCAGGCUGUUUGCAUCUUGCAUUUGGCAGUUUCCAAAAUCCUCUCCUCCCAGGACUUGCAUGCAAGGAGACAGGGGCUGAGGAUUUUCAGUAAGCGGUCCAGGUGGCCAAGAAGCUGUACAGAAUUAUUGCGAAGAUGAGCAAAACAAGCAAUCCCGGUGCCCCCUUGAGCAGUUCCCUCACUUACUAUAGUCAAACUAAAGCUAGAGCUUUGCCUUUCUUCCAGCAGCAUGUGAGAGUAAAACACACAGCAACGCCUGUGUGUCUGGAGUGCACUGGUGGGUCACGCAGGCAGGGAAGAGUUUGUCCCGUGCAGGAGAAGCGGCAGCAAGGCUAUGUGUUGUGUCUGCAUGUCCCCUGUGCCUUUCCCUCUUCUGUCACCCCUAGAUUCGAGGUUAGUGAAACACACUCUUCUUUCUGCCAGUGGUGGAGGGAGGUUGUUCGCAGAAUGGGGGGGGCUGCUCUGGGGCUUUCCAAAGGCCUGUGGUUGUCAGAAACAGGGCCAUGACCAGCAGUGCUGGCUGUGUCACUCUUGAUUUCCUUUUGAGGGAAAGGAAAUGUUUCACUGUGAACUUCUUCCUUUUUCCACCGCCUGCUACCCCUGGAGAAUAUAAUUUAUAGUUGUGGUUGCUGUGCUACCCUCUGAGCAAGCUUUGUCAAUAGGCAGCUUUCACCAGCCUGGCAUUGCAUAUCGGGCACAUACUGUAAUUAAUACCCUGUAGCCCUGAGCUGCGUGCUGCAUUGCUGGUGAGCUCAGCACCUCCCAGGCUGGUCGGGGAUGUCAUCUUGCCACUGUUUGGGAGUCUGUAGGGAUCUGCUUCCACGUUUAGUUAUCAGAGCAGCUUCAGCUCCCUUAGCUCUGUGGUCCCAUCAUGGGGAGGAGCUGUUCUGCCUGUGAGCAGCCUGCGCGCUGCCUUGCAAAGAGGAUUUCGUUUUGUCUUUGUGUUAGAAGGGGGAAUCCUCUCUGUUUUCCCAAGUGGCAGAAUGGCCCUGGCAAUGGGGUCUUGUUUGAGAUAGGCUCUUUGCUUCUCAGGGAGGGUAGACGUGUUCCUAGGUGUUAUUUAGGGAAUGUUUUCUUGUAACACUUUAAAUAAACGGCUCUGUGGCCUGUAGCCAUCAGUAGGCAGUGAGGUGUGUCAUUUAGCGUGCAUGCCAGAUGGUUUUCUCUGUGCGUGUGCACGCCUGUGUGUAGUAAGAUGAUGUCUGUGAGCAGACCUGGGUGGGUUUGUGACCACCAGUGCAUCAGGACCGGUGUGCAGGUACACUGGGAAAGGCUGUGCACUGGUCUGUUUGGGUACUAGGUCAGCACUGUGUGUGUGCAUAGCAUAUAGGAGUUGAGACAUGUUUAUUAUUGUUAAAAUGACUUUGAAAAGUAGCCCUACAAAUUUGUGAAACACAACCACAGUGACUACUUCCUUAUUUAAAUAGUAUAUUGCUAACUGCUUUUGUGCCACAAUUAUGAUAUGUACAGAGCAGCCAAGUACUUCCCCUGGGCUUCACAGGAUGAGUGAGAGAUGUGCAGCUUUUAAAUAAAGGUCAGACUCCACCACAGUCUAUGUACAUAAUACCCUAUUAGCCUCUUCUCUGAUAGCACCCUGGCCAGUAGCGAUUUAUACCUGCUGUGCAUGACAUGCAUGUGGAUGCGAGUGACUCACUAAAAAGAAAUCUGGUUGGGGAAAAAAAAUCUAGAGGAGGUUGUUUUUAA